UGGGCGUUUUAAUUUCCCCCCGGUGAAGGAGGCACAGCAGUGACCUCCUCUAGAGAAGCCUCCUUGACCGUGAGCUGGAUAGAAAUUGGCGGAGCUUCCAGAUACGCUUCUGAGGUUGCUGUGUUUUGUAGGGCCUCAAGCCUGAAGCCGGCUUUCUACGUGCUUUCUGUGCUGAGAGAAGCCUUCAAGAUUCUUUCUGAUGCCCCAGACCCCGAGGAGACGUUCCUGCAACUGGACAAGACUGACUGGACUUACUCCGGGCCACUCUUGCCUUCUGGCUCCCCCAGAGCCAAGCGCCAGAAGAUACAUAAUGUUGCUGUCCAAUGUGAGGUCAACCCGAAGGCGAACGGCUCCCCGUCCUCUCUAGGUGACAUGCAGGUUGGAAAAGAGAAGCAUUUCAAGCAUUCCCCUGCAAGGCCUUUGGCCAUGAAGCCCCUUAUGACUUUGGAGGUCCAGUCAUCAGAGUGUGAAGAGAUCCUUCCAAAUGCCUUGCCCCCAGGUUCCAGGAAGGCCAAGCAAGCAGCUCUUUCGGUUCUGCAGGAAGAGAAGGAAUCCUGGAGCGAUGAGGACGAGAUCUUCAUGGACCAGCAAUCAGAGUCGUCAGUUGGUACCAGCACUUCUGGCUCUAAGAAGAAGUGGUCCUCAAAAGAGACUAUGUGGAUCAAGAAAGGUGUAGAGAAAUUUGGGGAAGGAAACUGGAAAGUUAUUUCUCAAAAUUAUCCUUUUAAGGAUCGCACCCCUGUGAUGAUCAAGGACCGCUGGAGAACAAUGAAAAAGUUGGAAUUGAAGUGAAUGUGAGGGCAGACUCUGCCUUAAAUGUGUUGGGUUGUUGUGCUGUAGAUGUGUUGAAUUGACUGUUGCCAUGCCUUUAAUAUGUUAUGUACAUUAAAGAAUAAAACAUUUUGUAUUGA